AUGAAGGACUGCGACGACAUCGGGAUGGUCCCCUUUGUCGACAUGUUCGACGUCACCCAGUACGGCCUGAACCCGCUGGUGGACAGCCCAAACCUGGCCGAUGUCGUCGUCGGGUGCGGCCUCUACGACAGCCAGACCGCAGUCGUCCUCGGCCUGAUCGCAAGGGGCAUCCGGCCGAAGUUCACCUUCAUGACGAAUGUCAACAAUGCCAAGCUGCUGGCGAGUGUCUUGCCCUACAACACGAUCGACGUCUUCAUGCCGUGGGGCACUGGCCUGGACUUCUACGAGGGCUACCUGGAGCGGUUCGACAAGGCGCCGUCGUACCAUGGUGCGUCUCUCGCAGGGUGGCUGACCAUGCUGACGCGCACCCUGAAGCGCUCGGCGGACAGCCACACAUGCUCGGGCGGAGAGGGCGAGCUGGAUGCGCACGCGCUUCGAGCUGCGUACGAGGUGCCGGAGGUGACCUUCUACGGCACGAUCGGCCUCAACGAAUACGGCAUGAACGAGGACAUGCCCCUGAUUCAGGUGCAGACCCAGCUGGGGGACGGAGGGUCGCUCGUGCAGGUGCCGGCUAUUCCUAUCGACAAAGUUCCAGAUUCAUGGACGGCUGCGGAUGGGAUGCUCCCAAGGUGGCCGGCCCGUGCGUGGUCGGAGGUGAGGACCGACUUCAUCAAUUCCUACUGCGGCGCCGAAGGUGUGUACAUCGACUCAUUUACCAUGAUGAAGGUGGGACUGGAGCGAGCGGCCAACCACUUCGUCGACUAUGGCACUUCCAGCCCGCCAGUCGCUGGCGACAUCGCCGAGUGCAUUCAGUGCCAAGUGGGCAGGAGCCGGUCCAGCAGCUUCGCAGAGUGCUACCUGUGCGCCGCCGGCACGUUCGCAGAUUCGCCGGGGCAGGCGGAGUGCGACCUCUGCCCCGUGGGCUCGGCCGUGGAGUCCUUGGGCGCCCUGGAGUGCGGCAACUGCACGGUGGGCCGGGUGGCCGGGGAACGGGGCCGCAAGGUUUGCCAGGACUGCGAUCAGGGCCGGUUCAUGUCGCAGGAGGGCCAGUCGGAGUGCACUAACUGUCCGGCGGGCAGGUACCAGCCCGGGGUGGGCCAGAGCGAGUGCCUGCAGUGCACCGACUUCGACGGCUCCGAGAUGACCACCCAGCUCCUGGGGUCCACGAUGUCGGCGCAGUGCAUCUGCUCCGAGGGUAAGUUCAAGCAGCAGGACAACGAGUCGUGCCGGGAGUGCCCCGCGGGCAUGGUGUACAGCAGGAUUGGGCCCGCGGACUUCCCGUGCAGCUGCCCCGCGGACACCUUCCUCAGCGCCAGCGGUGACGAGUGCUUCCCGUGCCCGAGCGGCAUGGCCUGUGCGGAUGGCACGGGGGCCCCAACCUUGUUGCCGGGCAUGUGGGCGCACCUCUCGGACGAUGAGGAUCGGAGCUACAGCGUCUACCGCUGCCGCGACAAGGAGCAGUGCCCCGGGGGGCCCGUGGGCACCUGCGCGGACGGCCGCGACCCGGACUCCGUGGGCUGCGCCGCCUGCCUCGCGGGCCACGUGCCCACCUCGGGCGGCCACACGUGCAAGAUGUGCGAGAGCGCGGACUACGUGCCCUUCGUCUUCGCCAUUCUGCUGCUGCUGGUGGGCGGCUGCCUCAUGGUGUACUUCUCCACCGUUGACGUGACGAAGACGAGCGUCAACAUGGUGGGGGGCCUCGCGAUCUGCGGCCAGUUCGUGAUCGUCAUCCAGUGGCUCUAG